ACUUGCCACUUGCCACCGCCAUGAGAUCUCAAACUCCCUCUCUCUUCUCUGUGUUUCCUUCUCUACCAUGUAAUCUCCAUUCCUCAUAGCCAACCAGAAGCAAUUUUUGGUCGGCUUCCAAUUUCCAACGACAAUCAUGAUUCCAUCUACACCUCAUAAGAAAACCCUUCACUCAAUCCUCGCCUCCAAGCUCAAGCUCACAAUCCCAUCUCCUUCUUCUCCUGAUUCCCUGGAUUUCUCCGAUGUUUUCGGCCCCCUGACCCCCCACCACCACAAAGCCUCACCCUCUUCUUCAUCCUCGUCACCAUGUGUCGCUCUUGGUGACCCACAAGUUAUUCACAACAGAUCUCACUCCUUACUGGGUCCCUCGCCUCGCUUUGCAGUGACCGCCCCUCUUCUUCCGUUCAAGGAAGAUAUGGAUUUUCAGAGCGAGGGAAGUGAUAAGGAGGGUGGGGAUGAAGUGGGUGAGGGAAGGGUGGGGCCUGGGGACUUUGAGAUUAUGAGGGUCGUUGGGAAAGGUGCUUUUGGGAAGGUUUUUCAGGUCAGGAAGAAGGGUGGACCUGAAAUCUCUGGCGAUAGUGAUGGCAUUUUUGCUAUGAAAGUGAUGAGGAAGGACACUAUCAUAAGCAAGAAUCACAUGGAUUAUAUGAAGGCUGAGAGGGAUAUUCUCAUCAAAGUGGAGCAUCCAUUUAUCGUCAGCCUUAGGUGCUCUUUUCAGACAAACUCUAAACUCUAUUUGAUCAUGGAUUUUGUAAAUGGAGGGCACCUCUUCUUUCAUCUAUACAGACAGGGUAUCUUCAGCGAGGAUCAGGCAAGGGUUUAUAUUGCUGAGAUAGUAUCUGCUGUUUCCCAUCUUCACAAGAGCGGCAUCGUACAUCGGGAUCUUAAACCUGAAAAUAUUCUCAUGGACGCUGAUGGGCAUGUUAUGCUAACUGAUUUUGGACUGGCAAAAGAAAUUGAUGAGUCAAGCAGAUCUAAUUCAAUGUGUGGAACCACAGAAUACAUGGCUCCAGAAAUCUUACUUUCUAAGGGGCACAAUAAAGAUGCGGAUUGGUGGAGUAUUGGGAUACUCUUGUAUGAAAUGUUAACUGGGCAGCCUCCAUUCACACAUGCAAAUAGACAAAAGCUUCAGCAGAGAAUUAUCAAAGAGAAGGUGAAGCUUCCUUCAUACCUAAGCAGUGAAGCUCACUCUUUGCUCAAAGGAUUGCUGCAAAAGGAACCAUCAAGAAGGCUAGGCAGUGGUCCUACUGGAGGAGAUGAGAUUCAAAAUCAUAAAUGGUUUCGGUCAAUCAACUGGAAGAAAUUGGAGGCCAGAGAAUUGCAGCCGAAGUUCAAGCCAGAUGUGAGUGGAAAAGACUGCACAGCCAAUUUCGACCAGUGCUGGACGGCAAUGCCUCUGGAUGACUCCCCAGCUCCCACGCCAACAGCAGGUGGGCAUUUCCAAGGGUAUACUUAUGUUGCACCUAACCCUUGGCUUUCAUCUUGAUAAAUUGAAUGGUGAAAUGAAGCAAGCCAGCCAUUCACUUUGUAAUCCUUGUAAGUUUGUUCUUAUUUUUAUUUUCAAACAAUAAAAUAAGAAAUAAUUGUAUAGUGUUCAUCUCUCAUGUACAUUAUACUUUUCUUCAAUGAAUAAAAAACAUGAGUCCCAUUCAAGCUUUC